GGUUUGACGAGGUCAAGCCCUUAUCUUGCUUGCUACCGCACUGUCGACAACAGACAGUCAAGACCAAUGUCCAGAAUGACUGUUGCUCUCAAAGAAUCUGUGCGGCCAGCUGUACUCACGAUUGCGGGUUCAGACUCAAGCGGAGGAGCGGGAAUUCAAGCUGACCUCAAAACAUUCACUGCACUCGGAUGCUAUGGUUCCAGUGUCAUAACCGCGUUGACGGCCCAAAACACGACGGGCGUCCAAGGGGUCCACCCAUGUCCCCCAGAAUUUGUUAAACAACAGCUACAAUCUAUACUAGACGACAUAGAGCUGAAGGCGAUCAAGACUGGAAUGCUGCAUGAUGCUAGCAUCGUUCAUGUGACCGCCGAAACGUUGAAGGCAUACUAUGGUGCCAGUAUACCGCCCCUCGUAGUCGACCCAGUGUGCGUUUCGACAUCCGGGCAUACGUUGCUACAAUCCGAGGCCGUCGCGACUAUGGUCUCCGAGCUCUUCCCGCUCGCCGCCCUCAUCACGCCAAACAAAUCUGAAGCCGAGCUGCUGCUCUCUCAUUGCGGCUCGCCCUCCAAAUUGGAGAGCGUAGAGGAUAUGUUGCCUGCUGCCAAAACACUGCUUUCUACUGGGUGUAAAGCCGUGCUUCUGAAGGGCGGGCACAUUACGGCGACGAUGAGCGAGGUGAAGAGAAUAUCCGCGGACCACCCAGAGAUACAGAUUGUACGUGAAGGCCUCCUAGGCGGGAACAUGGAGAUCCUGCAGAUCUCGGAGGAGGACCCGUCGUCCAAAGCGCUUGUAAUCGACGUCUUGCAAGAGGCGGACUCGACUACCUUGUUUGUCCGCCCUCGCGUUGAGUCGAAGAGCACUCACGGGACGGGCUGCACGCUCUCCUCUGCAUUAGCAUGUGCGUUGGGCCGCGGGAAGGACUUUAUCGAAGCAACACGAUCGGCCACGGUCUACAUUCACCUCGGCAUCGAGACCGCGGAUCCUAUAGGCCAAGGACACGGCCCUCUGAACCACAUGCACCCAAUCGUGAUACGCAGUGUUCCGCAACCGACACCGAGCGUGCCGCAUCCGUUGACUCGCAUCCUGAUUGAUUCUUGUCGGGAGACAUGGAAGGCGUACGUUGAGCACGAGUUCGUCAAGCAACUCGGGCAGGGAACCCUCGCGAAAGAGUGCUUCCUGCACUUCAUAAAACAAGACUACCUCUACUUGCGAUAUUACGCGAGGGCAUACGCAUUGCUCGCAGCGAAGUCGUCGACGUUCUCCUCUAUACAAGCGGCCACCGCUACAAUCAUCACCGUCAUCAACGAAGUCACCAUGCACCGCGCAUACUGCGCACAAUGGGGCAUUACCGAAGACGAACUGAAGGCUACGCCGGAGUCGCCCGCGACAACUGCAUACGGCGCAUUCAUACUUGACACCGGGCUACAAGGUGACGCCUCGCGCUUAGUGAUGGCCCUUGUCGCCUGCCUACUCGGCUAUGGCGAGGUCGGUCUGUGGCUGAAAAAAGAAGCAGCGCGGCCGGACAGCUGGGUGAAGCUGGAGAACAACCCCUACAGAAAGUGGAUCGACGACUACUCCGGGGAGGACUACCAGAAGGCCGUAAAGCUCGGGCUAGACGCGAUCGAGGCUAUGGCCGUCGCUGACCCCCCGUCGCCUGUGCGAUUCCAGGAGUGGCAGAGCACUUGGGAGCGAUGUGUGCGGCUGGAGCAGGGCUUCUGGGAUAUGUCUAUGGGCCUUCUAUAAGCGUCGAGGAGUGUAAGAUCUAUGUGAAGGAUGACGGAUGAAUACACGCAAAUGUACAAUAGUAGGCCAGUGAAAUAUUGACA